CGACAGCUGUUUAUUAUUGACUUUUUUUAUUGAAAAAACGUCAUUGUUUCAGAACUUUUUUACUACUCUUACUACAAAAUUUAAUUAAAUUCCAAAUAACUAAUCAUUUAGUUAAAAUUUACCUAAAAUAAAGUUAUUUGUUAACUUAAAUCCCUACAUUCCAGUAUCACCACAAUGGUUUGUGUUCCUUGUUUCAUUAUUCCCGUACUACUGUACAUUUGGCACAAAUUUAUCCAACCCAUAAUGCUGCGUUAUUGGAAUCCUUGGGCCAAGAAAGAUGCCCAGGGUAAUGUUAUUAAAGAAGCCCCCGAAUUUCCAUUCGAAUGCAAAGGUGGAGUUUGUCCUUAUCCAGGUGCUAAGAAGAAGCUGAAAGAUAAUGAGUCAGAAAACAAUCCGGAAGAUAAGAACGAAAGUGAAGCGGCGACCUUGACAACAAAGCCAGAAAUUGUAGCAGCAACCUCGGAAGUGGAUAGUAAAAAAGUUAAUUAAAUGUAAUAAAAUUAGUUUAAAAGAGAGGACAACAAGUAUUUUAAGUUUUAAUUUUUAAAGAAAAUAAUUGUUUUUUAAACUUUGGACUAUGUAUUUAGUUUUUAUGGACAAGAUAAAAUAAAAAGUAAAUAAAUAUUCGUG